CUCUCAGCGCUGCGAACGCGACCAUUUUGCGGGGGGGAGCGGCGGAGCGGGACUGGGGGGCCUGGGCCGAGCAGCGAGGGCGGCGGAGGAGAAAGGGGAUAAGGAGGAGGAGGUGAAGGAGGAGGAGGAGGGGGGAAGAGGCGGCUCCUGAGGCGCUGGGCCCAGCGCUCCCGCUCGCUCCGGGCGAGGCCGAGCCUGAGCCCGCACCGAAGCGAUCGUUCCGCGCGCCGGGCCCGAACCGCUGGGGAAAAUGUCCAGGCCUGUCAGGAACAGGAAGGUGGUCGAUUACUCCCAGUUUCAGGAAUCAGAUGAUGCUGAUGAAGAUUAUGGAAGAGAUUCAGGUCCCCCAUCCAAGAAAAUCCGUUCGUCUCCUCGGGAGGCUAAAAAUAAGAGGCGACCUGGGAAGAAUUCUCAGGAGGACAGUGAGGAUUCAGAAGAAAAAGAUGUGAAGACUAAGAAAGAUGAUUCACACUCGGCAGAUGAAGAUUUUGGCAGUGAAGACGAUGACUUAGGAGCAGAUGAUGGCAAAGCUGACAGUGACUAUGAGAGCUCUCAAAAAAGCAAAAAAGGAAAAAAGGCUAAACCAGAUAAGAAUAAGAGAGCAGCCUCCAAAUCCAGGAAAAGGCCUGCAGAGGACAGCGAGGACGAGAAAGAAGACCACAAAAGUGUGCGUCAGCAACGGCAGGCAGCAUCCAAAGCAGCUUCUAAACAACGAGAGAUGCUUAUGGAUGAUGUGGGUAGUGAAGAGGAAGAACAAGAUGAUGAUGAGGCACAGUUCCAGGAGACAGAUUCAGGAAGUGAUGAAGACUUCCUCAUGGAAGAUGAUGAUGAUAGUGACUAUGGCAGUUCAAAAAAGAAAAAUAAAAAGGUCUCCAAGAAAUCCAAGCCAGAGAGGAAAGAAAAGAAAAUGCCGAAGCCCAGGCUAAAGGCUACAGUGACCCCCAGCCCAGUGAAAGGCAAAGGGAAGGCAGGCCGCCCCACAGCUUCCAAGGUGACAAAAGAAAAGACCCCAUCCCCCAAAGAAGAGGAUGAAGAGCCUGAAAGUCCCCCAGAAAAGAAAAAAUCAGCCAGCCCUCCACCAGAGAAAUCAGGGGAUGAAGGAUCUGAAGACGAAGCACCCUCUGGUGAAGAUUAAAUGGCAGUUGAGAAAAUCUUUGUUUAGAAAAAAAAAAAAAGAAAAAAAAGAAAAAGGAAAAGAAAAUAUACUAAGGGUAGAACACGGUUUUGGCUGUGGCUUGACUCAUGGGCUUUGAAUGCUGUCUUUACUUUCAGCUGUUUAAUACAGUGUAUCCUUUUUUUAAUAAGAGGAAACCCUUAUACAGUAAUAUUUUGAAGUCAAUGUUCUCUGUUGGCCAUUCCGUUCUCCCUCCCCCACCAAAUCUGAAAGCCAUUUGAGACAAAUUAAUAGACCGUUUAAAUAUAUAUUUUUUUCAAGGGAUACUGCAGUUGUGGAGCAAUAAGGUUUGAGACUGAUAUGUGGAAACAGUACUUAAAAAUCGUUAAGUAGAGUAGAUUUCCCAGUGCUGGUAAGAGUUCUUUCAAACUGUUAUUCUGUAUUUGAAUAUGUUGAAAAACUGAACCAUGCUUUAACAGACUUUUGCUGAUCAAGUUCACUCAGAAAAAAUGUAGUUGAUUAUGAAUUCCAAUUGAGGAAGAGGAGACACGGGGAGGAAACCUGUGUUUCUUGGAUUCAGGCACGUUUUUCAUGGAAAGCAAUCAAGAGACUUGUAGAUGGUCUGCUGUCUUUUAUUUGGAAGAGACCCUCCAGAUAGGUUGCGAGGUAUUUUGUUUUUGUGGGAUGGAAUACUCUUCUGCUUGAGGCAGAUUGUGGUUCAUUCUAUACAAAUUCAGACACACAACCUACAGACUUCUCACCUCCAUCAACUGUAUUUUAUUUCUUCCAAGGUGGCUAUAGAUGGGCAGAAUAGGGAAGAGAAAUUGAAAACAAUUUUUUUAAACUCUGGUUUCCAUUAAGUAUCGUGGAAAACAUCUUUCCAAGGGAAAAAAAAAAUGAUGGGUAGCGUAGAGCUCAGUUCUUUAGCUUUUGGGGCAAGGGAUGUCCUUUUCUAAAUGUGAAGCAGAGGAUUCCUGUAAUGCUCCAGUCAGUCUGAUUCUGUGAGUCACGCUAAGUGUUUCUCUUCUCUCCCCCAAUCUGUCCUUGGAAAGGCUGUGUGAUGAAACGUCUCGGCCUCUCCAGCUGCAUUGUGGGACAGCAGAGUUCCAUCAGUGGCAAACAUUGCCCUGAUACCACUUCCAUUUCUUCAUUCGACAGGGUGGGAGGCUUUGCUCCCGUGUCGACAUAUCGGCUUCUAACUUGGGCAUCAUUCUGCUCCUUAAGCCUGAGAAGUGCUGGGUAGGGAACAGUAGUAACGCAUGGAGCCGAGAGGAGAUGGAGUUGGGAAACAGCGUGGCAGGGCUGUCGUUUUAUAAUGGAAGAAGGAUGUACCUCCAAAUGCAAGACAGUUGAGAUGUGUGUGGCGGCGUUUUAAUGUGUUUUUAUCAAAGCAGCCAUAUCCUUUUUCAAACUUAAUUAAAAUACCCAAGCCUUGGUUUUCAGACGUGAAUACAGAGGUUGCUGCCAUGUUUUUUGGUGGAAAUAUUGAAAACUGGACCUGAUAUUUUUCUUGCUUUUUUUUUUCUUAAACCCUUUGUGCUUGCUGUAUGUCGCUCACAGUUAUAGCUGACACGCUUUUGCAUCUUUUUUUUUUUUUGUCACAGAACUACACAUUUUGUAACCAGCCUCUCGAAGGUAACAUAAGGCAGCUAAUUAGUUGGGUUUCUGGUGCAUGUGCCACCAGAUUUUUAAUCCCGUUUGGAUUUUAGAGAGCAUUUAGACGUGAUACACUAAUGUGACCAGGAAGGGCACUUGGCUGAAUGGCACAGGGAAUCUGAAGAUGCUGAGCACAGAGUGGAGCCUAAAAUAUGGAACACAAUAUUAAUAGAACAGCCAAGUGAUUGUCUUGUGUGAUUCACAGCCAUGGAUUUUAUUGAGGCUGGUAAAUUACUUUACCUGGGCUUAUAAAAAUUUAAGUUCUCUAACAUUCUUUACUAUAAUGAAACUACUGUUGCCGUUACAAUAAAGAUGAUCGGUGUUUCCAUUGUAAAUCUUUAUUUUCCAAGCGGUUUAAUUUUGCAGAACAGCUUAAGGCUGGAGUGAAGUAUCAGUCUUGCAAAUAAUGUGAUCAACUCUGCUUUCCCACACCUCUUCCCACCUUCCCAAUCCCUGGGAGGACAGAGUCUCUUGCGUACCCCCACUCCGAGUCCAGUUCUUCUUGGGUAAUACGUGAAAAUAAGUUGCCAAGAUUAAAAAACAUUUGGAUUCAAGGUGGGAGUAGUGUACACUUCAGGGAAUGUGUGGUUCACACAGUUGUUCCCCUUCAGUCCAGACUUGUUUCAAGCUAUCCUUGUCUUUUGGGUUUUGGUAUUAAAGUGAACAAGGCUUAGUUAAUGUAGAAUUCCUCCAGCUGAUCUGCUCCUACGGCUGCUGCUUCACCCACCAGACUGGAUGUUUUCUGCAGAGUUUAUUUUGUAAGUUCCACUUAAUUUUUUUUUUUUUCUAACACAACUAAGCCUGUGAAAAAUGUUUCCAUGGUUCAGGUGUUGGACUGGCUUAUUUUAUGCCUGACAAUUUUGGCCCUUUAAUCUCACCAAAUUGUUCUGCUUUCUCGUGUGUUCAUCUCUAAUGGCUGUUAGAGGCUGCGUGAUGCUUAUUUUUUGAGUUUGUCACAACCCAAACACUAUGUAAAUCCUUUACUACUGUGGGGAUUUUGUACCUUUUUCUAUAUCUCACUGUUACACUGACCUGUGCAAACACUAAGCCCUGCCAGUCUCUUGGUUACUUUGCUAGAAACACAGCAAUUCACGUUUUUACAGAUAGGAGAAAAUUGUGAAGCUUAAUAAAUAUUUUUAGUACACAACAUUUUUCAAUAGUGACAGAUUUAACGUUGUAAAAUGUCCUUUUUAAUUUGUAUUAAGCAUUCUGGUUUCUUGAAGAUGAGCUGUACAAACGCUUUUCUUUAGGAACGUGAAUAAUUCUUCACGGAGCAGAAAGUUUUCCUUGACAGAAGGCGGCUUUGAAAAGAUUGUCUUCUGUUACGCAGCUGUAGCUUUGGAACCUUUGCAGAGAGGUAAAUGGAUUUAUUCCAAAAUUGAGUUAAUUUAGUGCCCUGGUCUUACUCUUCUAAUAGUAGUUCAUAACCUAACUUCCAUUCUAUAUCCUGUUUCUGAAUCCACCCCACUGUGUUGAGUUUCACAGUUAUAUACCAAUAGCACUGCCUUUAACUGGGCUGGAUAAGUCAAAAUUCACAAUCCCAGUCAGAAUUUCAUACUAAAGAGUAUUUGCUGCAGUUUCUGUUUGAUCAGCAAGACAAUGCCAAACGUGUCAAGCUAAAUGGAUUUUGGAGUGGAUCGUGGGUGAGAGCGAGGUUUAGAAAUGGGCAGCCAAGAAGCUUUUAAUUUUGUCAUUUUAACUUCAUCAAAGCCGAAGAGUGUGGGGAGAGAAGUGACACACUGUGGGUGACUCCUGCGAGGAGCCUCACUGACACCAGGUAAUGGUUCGGAGCGUGCUCGGCUCCAUUCUGCAUCCGCAGGGGAUGGACUGCCCAGGCAGGGGCAGAAGAUAUGCUAGAAUUCCUUUAUUUUCUCUUUUUUCUUUUUUUUUCCCUCCUCUUUCCCUCCACUGGUGAUGGUCACAAGGUACAAUAGACACUGAGGCACCCAGGCUGAGGAGGGAGGGAAGUAAACUGUAACAUGCUGGAAGCUUUUGAGCUGUAGAAACUGGUGCUUUGCUUUAUGUAAUUUGUUUGUGAAGUGUUUAUUUUUAUAACAGAUCAUAUUGUUGAGCACAUGGUUCUUAAAAAAACAACAAACUGAUCCAUGAGUUUAAUAUUUGAGAAAUGGAUGUUCAUCUGUUGGGGGAGGCAGGGUAUGAAAACUUAAACAGAUGGAUAUUUUAAAGGGACACUGUCGCAAAGUAGUUGCUGUCGUAUAGGGUGUGUUAGUUUGGGGGACUAUGUGUGGAAAUUAUAUAUUCUAUAUGUAUAUGAUCAAAUAGAAAUUAAUCCCUGAUGUUUGACUAUUUUCCUGCAGUUUGGGGAGGUUUAAAUACAAGUUAUGCUAACGAAACUAGGAAACAAACCUGUUAACGUUUGUACUGUCCAAGAUGACUUUUUUAAAGCACUAUGAGGAGCAUCUGAGCUCUGAAAGAUGGCGGUGUCCAUUCGAGACCUCCCCAAAUCAAGCAUAUCCUCGUUUUAGACUUCCCACUUCAGUAGGUGACUGGCAUUUGAAUGUCUUUUCAUUGACCUCUUUCUAUUAAAAACCAACUGCAAAUAUUUCGAAGUCUAGUUGAGUCCUCGCCAUGUGCUGACUCUGUGUAUCAACCACUAUCGGAGGUGACUCUCCAGACUGCCUGCCCCCUUCAGCCGCGGUGAAUCGAGUGGGUCCAUCGGUCCGAGCAUGCUCAGUGUGACUGCAAAACACCAUUGUGCAUAUGCUUUGUAUAUUGGGGCGAGGGUUUUUUAUAUAUAUAUUUUGGGAGGGGUAGUGGGUGGGAUGGAGAAAUACUCAAUCAGCUUAAGUCAGAAUAAUGUGUGUAAAAGCCCCUGAAGUAUUUUGUGUGUGAGUGCGCGGGUGUGAGUGCGCGCAUGGGAGUGUCUGACAUCUUAAUUCCCUUUGUGUUCGGAAGAUUUGUGAGUUUGACUUUUUUUUUUUCCUGCAGAAGCAAUUGUUAAAAAAAAAUUGUAAAUAAGAGCUACAUAAUUUUUUGUUUAAUCAUGAACAUUGUGUCACAGCAACCCCUGAAUAUUCACUUUGACAGUAGAGGAGGAGACUCCAGGUAGGGCCUUGGCUGUCAUCAAGGCAUUAUCAUCUGGUAUGCAAUGAAUAUUUGUCUUGAGUAUUUGCAGACCCCUCUUGAGCUGUUCUAAAAAAUCAGUCUCUUUGCAAUUUCCCUCCCCAUCCCUUUUAAUUUUUCUUUAAUCUCAAGAGCAGACAGAACCAGGGGCAGCUGCCAGUGGUGUCCGGUGCUGCCGGCCCAUGGCGGGCACGUGUGUGGGCGUGGCUGUUGCCACCAGGCACGAUAACAUUGGUGACUCUUGCAAUACCUUGACAAUACUGAGAUCUACUGCAUGGUACUAGGAGUGAAGUCUGAAUGUAACAUUAAUGCUUUAUUUAAAAUAAAAAACAACAUUUUUUUUUUAAAGGGGUUGAAGUGAACAUGACUGUUGACCAUGUUCGUGAAUUUAUAGAUGCAACAUUCAUUGGUAGAAUUGUGUGAUGGUCUUUUGUGCUACUUAAUUUUACAUAUUCCAGUCUCUGUAUGUACCUGCAAAGAAAGAAAGACAAAAAAAUAACAACCCCCUGCUUUGCUUUUAUUGAAAGGGUUCCCAGGACUGCAUACCUGCUCCUGAGCUCUGUUUUAAGUACGUGUAUCCUUCGCUUGUAUUUUGUAUUAAAAGAAAACACAAGGAAAAAGAACCCUUUAUUGUUCAGCAUGUUGGAAUUGUGUCCCCUCUUUUAUUUUUCUCCUUUUUGGAAUAUAUUAAGCAACUCAUUCUUCUGUAUCUUUUAUUUUCUUUUGUAAACUUUUUGGUUUUGUUUAAAAAUGGCUUUAUAAAAGGG